CUUGGUUGAACCUGGCAGCUUGCCGUGACCGCCAGCAACCGCACGAGCGUCCGCUUUGGCAACCCGGACGUGACCUCGCCCAAGCACAGAGCUCGGAGAUUAUUCACACCAUUGUUCCAGUCCUCCCACCGGGAAUAUGUCAUCUCACAGAACAAUCGUCUCCUCCUUCGUGGAGGGAGCUCCUCCAGGAGAGUUAGCAGACGUCCUUGCAGACAUCAAGACCCUGACGAUCUCGAACCCAAGCCUGGUGAACGAACUCGGCCCAGCGUUCCAGAAAUACAACGAGGAACAGUUUGCGACGGUCAAGCUCCCGGGGAGCAGCCAGCAGGUCAUUAUCAGCUCGCACAGCUCGCUAGGUGGCGGCCGCUACUACGAUGUCGAGAGCUCUUGUAGUUUCGCGUUCGACCACACCACACAGAAAGCUAGCGCGGUCGAGAGCCACGUUCUGGACGGUGCGCAGGCAGAUCUAGCGAAAUCGGUGCUUAAGGGGCUUUCCACCUACGUCAAGGAGCACUUUACGAACGCAGCGUACGGUGCCUACCCGAUAGAAAGCGACUCGAAAAUUGCGAUCAUUAUCGUCGCAAACAAGUACAGCCCGAAUAACUACUGGAACGGGCGCUGGCGCUCGCUCUACAUCUUCGAUCCGGCCUCGAACUCCUUGGAGGGCUCCAUCAAGGUUGACGUGCACUACUAUGAGGAUGGCAACGUCCGCCUCCUGACCAGCAAGCCCUUGACCGCAUCCGUCUCAUCCGGGACUGGAGCCGGCAUCGCCAAGGAGAUAUCGACGAGCGAGAAGAAGUACCAGGAAGAGCUGAACAGGAGCUUUACGAGUCUGAGCGAGGGCGCCUUCAAGGCUUUGAGGAGACAGCUUCCGGUGACGAGGCAGAAGAUUGAGUGGGACAAAGUCGCGAGCUACAGGCUGGGACAGGACAUCGGCGGUGGAGCGGCGAGGAGAUAGCACAAGCUCUCCUCUUAUUAGUCCUAACCAAUGUUUUGUCGUUCGCCAGUUGGGGGAGUGCUAGCAUGGCCAUGCAAAGAAUCUACUUCCUACAUACCGAGAACUCGAGGAAAGAAACAACUGCGAUGCUGUUUAUCUGUACGCGAAGUGUGCGAACACUCCAAUCAGAUUUGAAGAUAAGCCAUCAGCAAGUCUCGAUACACUACGGAUGAGACCCCGAAUCAGUGCAGCGGGGGUUGCAACUCAGAAAGUGCGGCCGGCAAGCAGGGGUCGGAACCUUCCC